AAGCAAAACAUUAUGGCGGAAAAUUUAGUCGACGAUUUUGAAGUUCUUCACAUAAAGGCUCUGGAAGACAACGAUUAUUCUCAAUGGAUGGAGAAUUUACCAAAUGAAAAACAACUCUGUCCAUUGAAAGAUUUAGUGAUCCCAGGGUCUCACGAUUCGGGGACAUUUUUUCUCGAUCAAAACAUGGAGAUUGGUCCAGACGAGUCAUCUGCCAUUCAAACGCUCGGAAGUAUUUUUGGAAAGGUAGCAAAGUCUGUCAUCCACAGUUGGUCUGUCACACAGUCAAUGACAAUUUACGAACAGCUUUUGUCAGGGAUUCGGUAUCUGGAUCUCCGAGUCGCCUACAGAGCCGAAGAGAAAACGAUACGUGUGGUACACGGGUUGUAUGGUUGGACGAUAGACCAAGUCUUGGACGAAGUGAACCGGUUUGUGGCCAAUUAUCCGAAAGAGAUUGUCAUUUUAGACUUCAAUCAUUUCUACAAAAUGGAUCAAGCUGCCCAUGAAAAACUUGCAGAUACCCUGCUUGCAUCGUUCAGCGAGAUUUUCCGCGUUCCCGGCGCAGAUGGCCCGAAUGUCACUCUUCAAGAAAUGUGGGGGAAUGAAGAAAAGGUCAUAAUUAUUUAUCACGACUAUGGCGUAGUCGAUGCUUACCCCUGUUUCUGGCCACCCCAUUUAAUCUGCUCCCCGUGGCCGAACACUGCGGAUAGGAAACUACUGAUAGAGUUUCUCAACAAACAGUCAAAAGCGUCCAGUUUUUCGGAAGAUGCCUUUCAAGUGACACAAGCUAUUCUAACACCACAAACUUCAACUGUGAUUCAAAACAUGACAAGCACUUUAAAAGAUGUUUUGGCUUCGAGAUGCAACUGCCAUGUAACUGGGUGGCUAAAGGCUCUUUGUGGUACGAAGUGUCACAAGUUUAAUAUUAUCAUCGCUGACUUCGUUGAAUUUGGCGAUUUUAUCCCAACUGUCAUCAGCCUGAAUUAUUUUUUCUAAAACACUAAUAUGUUGAAAGACUAUAUAAAAGUGAAGCCGAAGUUUUGAUAACCAAAGACGAGGCUGUUGAAAAGGGCUAUCUAGAAAACGGAUUAAAUGGGGAUAUAAAUCCAUCCUUAACCAAAGCCAUGGCCCCUAAUAUUCCUGGCAUCCUGCAAUGAGUCAGCAAAUUAAAAUUGCAUUCUUAA